UAUAUUAGAAAUCAAAACAGAACAUUUUAAACAGGUUCGUUUCAAAGUUAAAAUAAUAAACCUACUACAUGUAAACAAAACACAGUUUUGUGAAAAAUAACUUCUUUCCCAACAACGUUUUACACUCAGGGAAUCUAUUUAAUGUCAGGCUUAAUAAGAUGGCUGGGUUUCCUAUCUGCUUCUACAUUCCAUCUGUUGGACAAUGUUGUUUUGAUUGAAGUAGAUGAAGAAAAUCUGACCUCACACAGGAAACAGCAUGAGGUGCUCUGACUGCAGUGGUGGCGGCCCCAGCAGCUCCUGCAGCGAGAUGGUGACCACCUGUGGUGAGGGCAACCGCUGUGGCUUCCAGGAGCACAAACCCCAACCGGGCCUGGGACAGAGCAAGCUAUCUGAAAACCUCUUAGUGACCUUGCCUCAUCACCAUCCAGCCUGCGUGACAGCCCACCACUGCAAUCAAGUGAGAACAGAGCUGGUGGGAGAUGUGACUUACACACGCCACAGGGACUGCUGCGUCGGAGACCUGUGCAACGGGGCCGUGGCAAGAACUGUGGCCCCGGCCUACACUUUGGCUGUGGCAGCCAUCGCCCUGGCCUGGGUCUUGCCAGGACUGUGGAGAGGGUGGUGGCAGUAGGGGACGGGAGCAAGGGAACAAAGGAGAUCUGAGGUGAGAAGAUACACACUCCUCUGUGAGCCAUUAAAAUCUAUCAACCACUUGAGCUGACUGGAAAAUUCCAUCUCUCUUUUGUUGACGGGAGGGUUGAAGGAGUAACAUGGGGGCAUCAAGGCUCGCGUGUGGGGGUUACCCACCAUCAGUGGAGUUAGUUAUGAUGAUGCACUCCUUAACACACUGAACCCUGAAGAACAAUGGAGAAUCUGCCCUAAGUUACUCCUGGGUCUUGUUGCUAGGGAGAACCUUCCUUAGCGCGAGGAUCACUGAGGGAGCAGGCUGGGGGCUGAGUGGGGGCCACCAGGAAUCAAUGAGCCUGGCUGUCUGGCAUGGUUCUCCUUUCCCCCCUUUGCAGCUUGGCUCCCAAUAGGACUCUUUCAAACUGAGAAAGGAAAUAAAUAUAAGCCUGCGAUAGGACAAUUGCUCAGUGCCCGCUCAGUACCCAGGCCGGCAGAGGCCUCUGACUCUGACGCAAGGGACUGAUACCUGGAAAGAGGGCCCUGGGUCCCAUCCCCAUGCAGCUCUCCUCCCCUCCUGGGAGCCCUUACACCACUCUGCACAUGCUUCUUGGCAGGACAUCAGAGGCGUGGCCUAAAUUUGAGAUAAGGAU